AUGAAUACCCGACCACAAAUAGCGACUACCGGCCGACCACAAGCGCUCUCUGCUACUUUCAAUCAGGAUAACUCUUGCUUCUCUAUUGGUCUUGAUAGCGGGUUUUGCGUCUACAAUACAGAUCCAUGCGAGCUUCAGAUAUCUCGAAGUCUCGGUGCUGGUAUUGGGGUAGCGUCUAUGUUGGGCAGAGCUAACUACCUUGCUCUUGUUGGUGGGGGUCGCUCUCCGAAAUUCCCGCCAAACAAAGUCAUAAUAUGGGAUGAUAUCAAGCAAAAGGCCGUGAUAACUCUUGAGUUCCGCUCCGAAGUUCAUGCUGUGCGUCUGUCACGACAGCGGAUAAUAGUUGUCUUAAUUGGCACGGUUCAUAUCUAUGCCUUCUCGUCACCCCCUGCUCGAGAGCAUGUCUUCGAAACACAUGACAACCCACUAGGGCUGGUCGCACUUUCAUCAAAGUUCCUGGCGUUUCCUGGUAGAACACCAGGUCAUGUAAAUAUCUUUGAUUUGGCAACUGGGAUCGUUAGUAUCAUACCUGCACAUUCAACCCCGUUAUCGGCAAUCACAAUUUCGCCACAGGAUGAUCUUUUAGCCACCGCAUCAGAGACGGGUACGUUGAUUCAUGUUUACUCAACAGCUACGUCUCGGAUGAUCAGAGAACUACGCAGAGGGAUCGAUAAGGCUGCAAUAUUUUCACUCGCAAUAUCCCCCUCCUCAUCACGGCUAGCUGUGACUAGUGACAAGAACACACUCCAUGUGUUCGAACUACCUUCCUUAUCUUCUGUUUCUCAGACACCUGCUCGUCCAUCAUCUUCGCAUAGCACAGCCUCGAAUGCCCCGUCCGGCGAUAAUCGGCGAUAUUCAAUGCUGAGCAAACUCCCUCUCCUCCCAAAGUAUUUUUCCAGUGAGUGGAGUGCUGCACAUGCACCCUUUGAAGGUGGUGGGCGGGGUGCAUUGGGAUGGAUCGGAGAGGACUCUGUGGUUGCGGUUGGGAUUGGCGGAAAGACUGGAGAGGCAAGGUGGGAAAAGUUCGUGAUUGUGGAGGCCGAGAAUGGUGGGGGUAUCGAGUGCAUCCGGGAAGGUUGGAGGAGAUAUUUAGACAACGACUGA